CUGGGGCGGGCGCAGCAAGGCGCGCGUCGUAGGUGAAGGCAGCGCGCGGGCGGGCGGGUUUUUCUCUUCUUCUCCCCCCACCUUCCUUCCUUCCUUCUCUCUCUCUCCCCUCCUUCGCCCACCCGCCUCCUGCCGCUCCUCCCCUGCGUUGCCUGGUCACCAGGGCCGGAGAAGCGACGGCUGGGCAGUAAUGGAGGAGGAGGAGGCGGCGGGGGGUUAAGCCGAGACGAGAGAGGGGGCGCCUCCUUUCCCCUCGGACUCCCCGCAUGGCCUUCAUGAUGAUGAAGAAGAAGAAGUUCAAAUUCCGCGUGGAGCUGGAGCUGGACGAGCUCUCGUCGGUGCCCUUCGUCAACGGGAUCCUCUUCUGCAAGGUGCGGCUGCUGGACGGCGGGAGCUUCAGCGGGGAGUCCUCCAGGGAAGUGGUUCAGGCGAACUGCGUUCAUUGGAAGAAGAGGUUUUCAUUUAUAUGUAAAAUAAGCGCCAGUGCUACGACAGGGAUUCUGGAUCCCUGCAUCUGCAGAGUCUCUGUACGGAAGUUGGGUUUUGCGGAUCUUAACCUGGCAGAGUUUGCUGGAUCAGGAAGUACGACUCGCCGCUGCUUACUGGAAGGUUAUGAUACCAAAAACACAAGGCAGGACAAUUCAAUUCUCAAAAUCUUAAUCAGCAUGCAGUUAAUGUCUGGAGACCCUUGUUUUAAAACGAUACAGUACUGCACAUUCCAGAUCAUCGAGCUUCUCUGAUCUCGGUCAUAAAAGAAAUACCUCUGUGGGAAGCACAUCAACUGGCAUAAGUAGUAUUCUAGAGCCAUGUGAAGAGGCUGAAUCCAGAAGCACUGAGGAUAAUAAUCUGAAAGCAACUAUGAAGGAUGCCGUCCCAGAAAAUUCAAACAGGCUACCAGUGAAACAGGACUCUGUGGAAUCACAGCUGAAGAGGGUUGAUGCCACAAGGGUUGACGCCGAUGACAUUGUUGAAAAAAUACUGCAGACUCAAGACUUCAGCUUGGAUUCAAGCGCAGAAGAGCGGGAUCCGGAGCUUAUGAACAAGUAGUUAUAAAACGCUAGAAGAACUGGACUAAGCUGAUGGAUUUCCAGAAUUUGUUUCUCAGUAUUAUGAAGGAUGAGAUCUUCUGAAAGUUGGCAUACACUGGUAUGCCUUGUUUAGAUACUUUUAUGUUGAAAACGCUUUCUUCUGAAACCAUUUAUAAGGGCAAUUUCCCAUCUUUUUAGCAUGCUGCUAAUCUGUUGGCAGAUUUGUUGAUGGAGUUGUUGCAUUGUUCCAUAUGUAAAUCAAAUUGGGGUGUUUUAUUUUUUUUGGAAAGAGGAAAAAAAUUCUAUAUAAUUGAACCUAUACCGAAAUCAGUUGUAAGCGGAAGAAAUGUUUUCUAUAGGCAAAUCAGAAUAGGAAAUGGGAAAUACUCAUUCAAGGAAGUGUUUUGAGAAAGUAGUACUUUUUAUAAACGUGUAGUUUUAAAACGUGACAUGCAUUUCAGUAAUGUAUUUUUGUUAUCACUUGAAAAUGAGUGACUAGCCCUAAAUAGGAUUGAUAUGCAUAUUUUAUUACUGUUGAAUAUACUCAAGAGUCGCGCAGGUGCUGUACGUAUUCUUAAAAACUAUGAAAAAGUAUGGGGUUGUUAUUGACUGACAUUUAGUCUGUACCUAAAUCAUUAUCACAGGAUUCAAUGGGAACUUUGAGCUCACAAGAUGAUUUGCAGAGAGAGAGAUUGGAAAAUAUCAUUUGAGAGUGCCUUGUUUCUGAGGGAAAAGGAAAUACAAACUAUUUUAUGAAGCUUUAAUAGUAAAUAGUAAACCGCUAUAAAGAUAAGCACUUUAUAAAGGUUACUUCGGUCCACAUGAAAUCCAUUAUUUUAGUUGAAGUUCCGACUUAAGCCUGGCAUAAAUUGAGCAAAUGGCAUAAUAGCAAUUUCCUUCGUUUUGUUGCAUUGUUUGCUGGUCAUGGUUCAUAUAUGAAGGAAAUACUGUGCAAACAUUUAGAUGGAUGAAUGUUUUGCGCCUAGUGCUCUCCAGUAUUAAAUUGCUUUUUUCCCCAUGUCCUCUUAAAUAGAAUUUAUUUCAAUUAGACGUACACAGAAGAAAUCUCCUGGCAAAACUGUGAUGCAUAAACAUUUGUAUAAACAAAACAAUAUAAUUUGCCUAUGCAACAAUUUCAACAAAGUAUUGUCUGACAGCAGAAACAUCACUUUUUUUGGCUAAUGGUAUGAAAUCUACCAAUAAUCUUGGAACUAUAUCGAUAAUUUAGUAGCUGGCCUCAUAUCUUUAAAAAAUAAAUUGAUACACCUUUAAAAAUAACUUUUAAUAAGCUAAUUAUAGGUAUCUUAUUUUAGUGUCUUAUUUUUACUGUUUUCAUGGUAUCACUGAUUCUUUUUGCAAAGAGUAGGAGUUAUUUUUAGUUAAAUGAAGGAUUUUUAAUGUUUGAAAUACUGUUUUUUUAUAAAUAUCAUAGCUUUUUUUGCUGAAAUCACAUGUGUGAACUCUUAAAAUAAUAUUUCUUUACUAUGGUACCCAACGGUGUUCUAUUAUGUUUCAACUUGUUCUAACUUGACUUUAAGUGGGUUUUUUAAAGCUGCUAUUAAAAUAAUGGAAAAGGAAUGCACAUGGUUUAUUUUGAAAUACACUUUAAUUUACUUUGGACUUUCUAUUAGUGUGGUUAAGUAAAAUGAACCUAAGAUAGUGCUUGAAUUUAUUGUGGAAAUAACUGAUUUAGAGAAAUAGCAAAUUGGUAUGAGAAUGCACAGGUUAAAAUAAACGGCAGGGUAAAUUACAGUACCCAUAAUGAGAAAUUAUCACUUUCAACUAAAUAUUCUGCGGUGAAUAUAAUUAGUACCAGAUUACAUUGAGAUAUCCAAUUUUGUUCCUUUUAGAACUAGUGCAGAGGGAAUUUCUCUCUUGGCAUUCAACGUGUUGGUGGUAGCUCUUCUUAUUCCAUAUGCUCAUUGUAUGUAUUUCUUAAUUCUGUGUAAAGUUUGAACAAAUAUCAUGCACUUUUAUUAAUUGUAUUAUUUUAAUGAAGUGAUUCCAGUCCUUCUGAGACAUGGGAAAUGAUCUUCAUAUUUAUGUGGCAUUAAACAUGCGUAAACUGUAUACCGACAUGCUAAUGUUUUUUUUAAAUUAAAAUUAACAUUUUUAUCAUAAAAUACUUCAUUGUAAAGUGAACUUACAAAUUCAAUAAAAUUUGUCCAACUUUUA